ACCAAGAAGUGUGAUUUUGUCUCUUUUGGCUUUUGUAUGCCUAGAUAAGCCUUGUAAGCAUAUUUAUGGUUUCCUGUGUGAUAGGUAGGGAGCCCUGGUGGGUUUGAUUUUGGUUUUUUUUGUGUGUGUGUCAUAUUUGGAAAACCAGAGGCCCCCCAUGUAACUUAAUAGAAGAUGCUACAAAAAACAUCAGCAACCAAGGUCUGGUGGUAAAGACGGGUGACCGCCAAGUAUGGGUUCGAGAGCCUUAAAACUUCUAUGGUAACCAUGUAGUACCAGAUAAUAUUUCUCAAAAUCCCUAUUACCAACCCAAAAUUUAAACACACUCCAUGACUCAGCAUGUUUCUAUUAAUGAGAACACAUGGUAUCCAAAAAAAAUUCAAAACAGAAAAUAAUUUGGACCUUGAACAGGUUUUAACCUACAGUUCAUUCAAAUUCAUAAAUAAUAAGCUGGCUGAUAAGGAGUUCUACUGGAUUAAGUGGAAUUCUGCAGGUAGGCUGACUAGUCAAAGUGAAAUCCCCACAGACCCCAAGCGAAGCUUUCUUUUCGUUUCAGAUACGCUUGUGGGCACGAAGGAGGGAUUUAGUCCAAAGUGCCUUGGGGUUUUGUUCAGUCCACAGUGUAAUUUUUUCCUCUUUUGCCGAUAGCCAUUUCCUUCACAUUGCUAAGAGGACUUUUUUCCUAAUGAAGCGUGAAAAUUGAUUUGUAUCUUGCCAGGAGGGUUCUUCUAAGCCUUAAGAUAUUAAAGAUUUCAUGAGAACACAUGAAGAAUAUCUUCCUGAAUCAUUUACAUUUUCCGCUUUUGUAGGCUUAUGUAACCAUGCAGAAAAUCUAAUAAUAAGUGUGCUAUUAGUGUACCAGGUGCCAUCCUGCAGGCAGCGGGCCUGCCAGGGUUAGAAAUACCAGGGCCCCGGGUUUUAGGAUAGCAUUCAAGUGCACAGGUUUCCAAAGUGAAGCCUUAUGGGAAAAUCUCUAGCUAAUUGGACACAUAGCCAAUUUUUAUCAGAUUUUUUUUCCCCCCAUCCUUUUCCUGUUUAAUCUUCUUCUCUCUUUUAUCAUGGCUGAAGGAAACAGCAGCUGUGGACCUUUCUUUCAGAAGGCAGUGUAUCUCCAAAGCAAGUAGCUUGGACGAAUACUAUUCUCAAGGAAGUGUUCGUCUAACACGGGUGAUGCUAAACCCAUAUCAAAACCGAACAGGGCACAGACUGCUAGAUUUAGGUUAAAGAAGGCUUCUGAAUUAGUGCCAUUAUUGUUAGCUGCCUUUGAGUUGGUAUGUUGUUACCGCCAUCCAGCCAGCCCCCAUGGUGACCCCAUGCACUGCCCAGUUCCGCACCCUCCCCAUGAUCGGUUUUGGAUCAGACCCUUGUGAUCCAUAGGGUUUUCAGUGGCUGAUUUUCACAAGUAGAUCACCAGGCCUUUCUUCCUAGUCUGUCUUACUCCAGAAGCUCCGCUGAUAUAAUACCUGCUCAGUAUUAUAUCAACUUGAAUGUCUCCACUGACAAGGUGGGUGGUGGCUGUGAAUGACGUACAUUGGUCGGGAAUUGAACCUGGCGCUCCUGCAAGGAAAGGGAGAAUUCUACCACUGAAUCGAUAAUGCUACGAGUCAGCAUGGGGGGACAAUAAAUAGGAAGAAACAAAGUUACAGGCAUUAUUAUCAGAUGGAAUUUACCCAGCACCCAUUUUCAAAUGACAAGGAGCUGGUACUUGUCAGCCUUUCCGACGCUUCAUAAUUUAAUAAAACAUUCUAUCCAAGUCCCCAGAAACCACCAUGAUUAUCAGGGUGAGAAAACAGAGAAUGAGAAAUUUUUUUUUUUUACUCCCUCUAUUUUUGUAAUCAGGCCAGCAGGGCUGGGCGGGGCAGUGGCGCAUUAGCAACUGUAGUAGAUAAAAGGUUUACAGAGUUGUUGACAGCUCUUUCCUCAGAGACACUUUUCCUGCAGAUUAUUUGCUUUGGACCAUAAGUAACAGGGAUAUAGUUCUUAAAGUUUAAUCGUUUGUGCUAGGAGAAAAGAAAAAGGGUGCUGUUAAAGAUAGCUUAGUCAUGGGAAUCAGGGCGAGUGACAGAUCCCGUCCAAAUCCACAUCCCUUCCUGAUAACCCUGGAGCUUCGGUUACUCCUUUCUCCUUGAUGUUGCCUCUGGGGUGGGGAUGAGGUCUGAGAACAUCUACUCUCUAUUUGCUGGUGUGGGGAGGAAGUUCUUGCCUUUAUCUAGCCCUUGCCUUUCUUACUCGCUUCACACUGCAGACUUCUGCAAAGUUGCUAGGUACGUGGCUGAGUGGGUGUCUUUUCUCUGCCAGCACAGCAGUAUUCUUCUGAAGCAAAGUUUGCAGGGCUUAGCUACUGCCAGCAAGCUGUUUGGGCCCGUUCUAUUUUGCUUUUCUGCGAAACAAAAUAUUUCCAGGGACUUAGGUUAAUGUCAUGCCCUCCCCCUCGUUCUUGGAAAAAUGCAAGAAAACACACGUUUCACCCAGGUUAUAUGUUGUUCAGAUGUAUUUCUCUUCUUUCAGUGUUUUCCCUUCAAUUGUAUUCCCAUAAUACAGGGAAACCUAUGAGAGCCGGAACUCAACAGGACUGCAUUGUUUUUCUGGGUCUCCCAAGUUUUUUACCUUUGACAGGGUGCAGUCGCCACUUUUCUGUCACUCUCUAGUGAAAAAUAUUUGCGUUUUCCUUCUUUGACAGGUUCUGGCUUUCGAAGGUUUUACUGUAUCAUGUGCUGGGGUUUACUUCUUUCAUCCCAGACCCCAGCUUAACUCCACGUGAGAUAUAGGUGACAGCUGCGGACCUUUGGGGCUCACUCACCAUCCAAACAUCAUAGGUAUCCUUUCAACACUGCUAACCUGGUGGCGCAGUGGUUAAGAGCUCGGCUGCUAACCAAAAGGUGGGUGGUUCAAAUCCACCAGCUGCUCCUUGGGAACUCCAUAGGGCAGUUCUACUCAGUUCCAUAGGGUCGCUGUGAGUUGGAAUUGACCUGAUGGCAAUGGGUUUGGUUUUUCUAACCUCAAGUAGCAUGCUAUUGAUGUUACAUCACCACUUACACCUUCUGUGAAAUUUUCUCUAUAAUUGACGACCAUUUGGACCAAUGAUAUUCCAUUAAGGUCCAGAAAACCAAAAGAUCUGUUGCCACUGAGCCGAUUCUGAUUCUUAGCGACCCUAUAGGACAGAGUAGAACUGCCCCAUAGGGCUUCCAAGGAGCGGCUAGUGAAUUCAAACCACCGAUUUUUUGGUUAGCAGCCAAGCUCUUAACCACUGCCGCACCAAGGCUCCCUUAAGGUUCAGAGGUGCUCAUUAAAAAGAACAUUGACUAGUGUGGUAGAUGGGCCUCAUCAUUAUGAAUCCAGGAAAGGGCUCUGUGGAACUUGUUAUAUAAGGCGUUUAUAGAUUGUUAAAGGAUUAGCUUUAUGUGAACCAUUUUCAGGUUAAUCAGUUGUGAGAAACCAGAUUUGAUGCUUAAGCAGGCUUGAAGUAUGAUUUUAUAGUAAGAAAAGUUGUUAAGCUACCGUUAGUUUUAAUAAAUCCUCUAGCUUACUAAUUGACCAUACUCUCUGACUUUGCACUUAACUGUAUAUGGUCUUAUUCCCUAAUUAUGUUAUGUGUGAGUCUUAUUUUUUCCAACUAGAGUGUAAAGCCCUUUUUUAGCAAGGACAAUGUCAGUAUCUCUUUUGCUCCCUCCUUCUAAAACCUUUGGGUGUAAUUCUAGGUACAUGGCAGAUGCUAAGGAAUUUAUAUUUUGAGUGUUGGCUACAUUUUUUUUAGGAUGUCAUUACAAUAUGUUGUCACAUGGUCUAUCUUAUUAUGUUAAUGUGUUAUUGUGUGUCAUGUAAGAUAUGUCUGUUUACAGAAAAACUUACUCAUGCAACAUGUUGGUCUAUAACCAGGCUGUUAUCAAUAGGAAAAUAGGAAAAACAUUACCAGGUUCGUAUGGAAUUAGAGAGGAUGGACUGGUCUGCUUUGGGUAUAAUGCCAUUACCUAAUAAGGAAAUGUUUUCCAGACCGAGGUCUUUCCAUCAGAAAUAUGAGUUGUUGUUGUUAGCUGCUAUUGACUCAGACCCCAACUCAUGGCGACCCCAUGCACAACAGAAUUGGACUGUUGUGAUCUAUAGGGUUUUCAGUGGCUGAUUUUCAGAAGUAGAUCUCUACGCCUGUCUUCCUAGUCCAUCUUAGUAGCCUGGAAGCCCCAGUUAAACGCAUUCUGCAUCAUAGCAGCAUGAAAGCCUCCACUGACAGGCUACACUUGAGGUAGCUGCUCCUGAGGUACGUUCACGAGGAAUCAAACCUGGGUCUCCCCCGUGGAAGGUGAAAAAACUACCACUGAACCACUGCCUCUCCCAAGAAAUGUGGAUAGGACCAAUUAAAAGGCGUAUUUGCAUUUACCUUUCACAGAGCAAUUGGCAAUUAUUGUCUCUUGUCCACCUGUGUUAAUGUUCCCACGACACAGGUGGAAAAUAACAGAAGUAAAACUUCUAUAAAUGGAAAAACUGUAGCACAAACAAGAACCUUUAGAUCAUUUAUAAGUAGUGACCAGAUCUUUUAUAAGUAGAAACCACACCAUUAAGCCAUAAUUGAUUUAAGAAUACAAUUGAUGGUUGCAGAUUUCCAGGAUGGAAUGAAGCGUAAAUGGCAGCAUGCUCAGGAAGCUAGACCAGGACAUCCCCUCAGUGUCCUUGAAAUAGGGGUUACAAGAGCACCCACCUGGCCCUUUGUGCCUCUUAUAUGAGAGUCUCGUUCAGCCUUUUAUCACCUGCCUCCUUCCUACCACAUAAAGGUUCUAUCCCUGUUUUCCAUGCUGCCAACCAUGUUGUCAAAGACGUAGCGCAACGUCUAAGCUGUUCAUACCACCUUAUAGGGGUCAGUUGAUUGUACGCAUGCCCCCUCAACAUUUCUGCAGUUACAGGUGCCAAAUGGCCAUUAUCAAAUGGAAUCCACUUUAUCUAGAUUGACGGUUUUGGGGCUAAGCAUACGGUGGACUAAUACAGAAUCAGAUUCUAUUUAUUUCUGUGUUGGGAAGCUUUAAUUCAGUUUGCGGUUUCUUUCUAGCCCACCCAUCUAUUCAACCUGAGGGCCUCACUUCUGUCCCCUCUCAGCCUCUUUUUUAUUCUCGCUUGGUUUUUCCCAUGUAUAUCUCCUGCUUUUUUUAAUUUUCUUUUCUUGCUCAUUGAUCUGGGUUUGGGUUCACUGAGGCUAGAGGCAUAGGAGGAUACAGGCUUCAUGCCAACCUUUCUUCCAAGCCACAGUACCCUUCUUGGUAUUCAUUUUAUAUGUUCAAAUUUAUGUUUUUCCAAUAUCUCUUCCAGUUUUAUAAAAGAGAAGUAGGUUGGAUUUGAAAAAUGCCACUACUGGUUGACUAAAAUAAUUGUCUAUCAACAAUAUAAUAUAGAGAUCACUGGCUUAUUGAUUCCUGAUCUACCCUGAAUUUAUUCAAAUAGUUACUCACCAUAGUACAGAGAAUUUACAAUAUUGGGUGGUCCUAUAGAGAAAGAAGCCAAAGGAAUGUGUAAAUUUCUGUGCCCUCUUUACAUACUUGGGAGUAAACCAAGUUAAAACAUUUACAUCAAUUCAGUUCAAAUGUUGGUUUUAUUUGCUUAAAGAAGUUAGCAUCUUACAUAUCUUUUGCUAUCACUAUUUUUUUUUUUAAUUGUGCUUUAGGUGAAGGUUUACAGAGCAAAUUAGUUUCUCGUUAAACAAUUAAUACACUUUUUUUUUGUGUGACAUUGGUUGUCAACCCUGUGACAUGUCAGCAUUCUCCCUUCUCAGCCUUGGGUUCCCUAUUACCAGCUUUCCUGUCCCCUCCUGCAUUGUCAUCCCUACCCCUGGGCUGGUGUGCUCAUUUAGUCUCAUUUUGUUUUAUGAGUCUGUCUAAUCUUUGGCUGAAGGAUGAACCUCAAGAGUGACUUCAGUACUGAGUUCAAAGGGUGACUGGAAGCCAUACUCUCCGGACUUAUCUAGUCCCUGUCAGACCAGUAAGUCUGGUCUUAUUUUAUGAGUUAGAAUAUUGUUCUACAUUUUUCUCCAGCUCUGUCCAGGACCCUCUAUUGUGAUCCCUGUCAGAGCAGUCAGUGGUGGUAGCCGGGCACCAUCUAGUUGUACUGGACUCAGUCUGGUAGAGGCUGUGGUAGUUACGGUCCCUUAGUUCUUUGGACUAACUUUUCCCUUGUGUCUUUGGUUUCCCUCGUUCUUCCUUGCUCUGGAUCGAAUGGGACCAGUGAAGUAUCUUAGAUGGCCGCUCGCAAGGUUUUAAGAGCCCAGAUACUACUCACCAAAGUAGGAUACUUAGCAAAUAUAUGAAUUUCAAUAGAUAAAUACUCAUUUUCAAUUUAAAAAAUACUGUGCACAGUUAGGUACUUUUCAAAAUUUAAAGCAUAGCCUCAAGAUACCUAUCAUGAGCUAAAAAUGAUGUAGUCACAUUUCUUUUGUUUCAACUAUUCUUAAGACCAUGGUUACCAGUUGCUUUCAUUAUACUACUCAGUUUUUAGUCUAUUUGCUCUUGAAACUUUAUAAAAUCAGUGGGAAAACAGUUUUAGUAGCUUCUGUUCUUUCAUCUCUUUGAUUGUUUUUAGGGAAGAAAAAAGUGGACCCAAAUGAAAAACAGUUAUAUUUUUGAAAUAUUUCGGGGCAGGGCAGCAUGGGGCUGUUGUGGAAAGGGAAUCCCUGGGUGGUGCAAAUAGUGAACGUGCUCUGCUGCUAAGUGAAAGGUUGAAAGUUGGAGUCCACCCAGAGGUGCCUCGGAAAAAAGACCUGGCAAUCUAUUUCUGAGAAAUCAACCACUGAAAGCCCUGUGGAGCUCAAUUCUACUCUGACCCACAUGGGGUCCCCAUGAGUAGGAGCUGGCUCAAUGGACAUUUUGGAGGGGAUGGGGUGUUAUUGUAGAACGAGUAGUUCCUCCUGAACUUGAGGGAGAAGCCACAGGUCACCAUCUGAGUUAUGUCAAGUACAUAUGGCACUUACCCUUCUGAACCUGUUCCCUCUUCUAGACAUUACAAUGUUCGUAACACCCACCUCUUGCAAGGUUUCCAGGAGGAACAAAUCAGAUAAUAAUGUAUGUGAAAGUGCUUUGAAUGAAAAUCAUGACAUUAUUAUCACCACUAGAAUUGUUAUUCCAAGUUCUAAAAAGACGGACGAGGCAAGAUGCAGAUGGUCUGUGUAGCUUGGCUCAGGAGCCAGGGAAACCCAGGUUUUUUCUGCUUUGCCCUCCAGCAUGAAGACCUAGAAGGUAAAUAUCGAUAUUGCUAUUUGUAACUAAUAGCCUCAGAGUUCAUGACAGGCGCUUUCUUGGUUCCCAUUAGCAUUCCAGAGACCAUCAUACACAGCAGUCUUUGCAGAGGCAGAGAAAACUCAUUUUCCAAGGCAAAUAAUCUCAAGCCAAGGAUUCAGUCCUGGUGGAAUGAAAUUGAGUAAGCUAGCAGAUGUGGGAGAUUAUCAAAGAUGCUUGGGUGGGAGGUUUGUGUUGAGUACGUACACCCUUUUAAAUGCGUAUAAAUGCUCACUAGAAGCCAAGAGGGAAACAGUAGGCAAGUUCAAAUGCUAGAGUCAAACGUUUAUCCAUGGAUAUUCACCAAAUAAGUAAAAAUUGAUCACGCAGCACAGGACCAAUGACUCUUCUGAUCCGUGGUGCAUUCCUUUUGUUUGAAAGUCAAUGCCCUUUGUACUUCCAAGGUUUUUGACCUAAGCCAGAAAUGGGAAGUGAGCAGAAGAGCCCAUGUUGGAUGUCAGAUAAAUGGACAGAAGAUAUUAUGGGCGGUAGAUUAGAAAAAGGAAAAGCACAUAUUACCCAUCCUGCCAUUGCCAUUUUUAUUUGAAAUAUUAAAAAUCAAUGACGGAGGAGUUUUAGAAGGCUAGCUAGAUGAUUUGAAGUUACUGUAACAUAGAGGGAGAAAGGUCUCUUCUGUUUUUAGUAGCCACAGGGUGAUUUAUGGCAGUGAAGACUGUGGGAGUGGUGGUAAAGAGGUAUACCAGGAAGAGACAGUUAAUUUAUUAUUCCCUCAUUAAUUGAAUUUGAUAAGCAUUCUUGAUUUAGUAAUAUCCAUUAGUUUCCAUGUUUCAGUAUUGUUCUGCAAAAGCCUCUAGGAGUACGUUUUAUGGCUACAGUAUAUUUAUUAUUUUACACACAUGUUGAAGUAAAAGUACCUUGUAACAUUUCAAAUACUGACUCAUCCCCCAAAUUUGAAAACCUCAACUUAGCACUUUCUAAAACGUCAGAGUAAAUUGGUAUACUUUUUAUAUGUACUAAGACGUGGAUGGAAACCCUGGUAGCGUAGUGGUUAAGAGCUACGGCUGCUAACUAAAAGGUCAGCAGUUCAGCUCCACCAGGUGCUCCUUGGAAACAGUAUGGGACAGUUCUGCUCUAUCCUGUAGGGUCUCUAUGAGUCAGAAUGGACAGCAACUGGUUUUUUUUUUUUUUUUGAAGAUGCAGAUGAAGACAUGUGCUUGCUAAUGAACAUAGCAGGAAAGAAAAUUCUCUCCAGUCUAUUCAUUACUAUUCUUUGCAUUUUUUGUCAUUUAAUAUUUUACUCUUUGAAUAUAUGUGAUUGGGGAUUCGAUGUGCCAAUUGGAAGACCUCUGCGGUUCAGAAAUUCACAGGAAUGUGAACUCCGAAACCAUAUUCAUUUAACAGAGUACUGCCCCUAAGACAAUCCAUCAGAUAUUUUCCACAAGGCUGUGGAAGACAGGAUAAAAGGCAUAUUUUAAAAGAAUCCAGAGCUGCUGUUGGCGAAUUGUACCCACGGGGAGAUGAUUCCUCAUGAAGAGCCUGGAUCCCCUACAGAAAUCAAAUGUGACUUUCCGUUUAUCAGACUAAAACCAGAGCCAGCCAGCCAGUGAGACAGUCACCGUGGAGGGGGGACGGCGAAAAAUGAAAUCCAACCAAGAACGGAGCAACGAAUGCCUGCCUCCCAAGAAACGUGAGAUCCCCGCCACCAGCCGGCCCUCCGAGGAGAAGGCCCCGGCACUGCCCAACGACAACCACCGGGCAGAGGGCUUGGCAUGGCUCUCCAGCCAUCCGGGGGGCCCAGGCCACGGAGGCGGCAGGCACGGGCCCACGGGGACUGCAGUGGAGCUCGCUUUACAGCAGGGAAUAGGUUUACACAAAUCGUUGUCCACGGGGCUGGACUACUCCCCGCCCAGUGCCCCCCGCUCAGUUCCGGCCACCACCACGCUCCCCACGGUGUACCCACCCCCGCCAUCGGGGACACCAGUGUCCCCCGUGCAGUACGCCCACCUGCCCCACACCUUCCAGUUCAUUGGAUCCUCCCAGUACAGCGGGCCCUAUGCCGGCUUCAUCCCCUCCCAGCUGAUCUCCCCAACGGCCAAUCCCGCCACCAGUGCAGUGGCCUCGGCUGCCAUGGCCACCACUCCGUCCCAGCGCUCCCAGCUGGAGGCCUAUUCCACACUGCUGGCCAACAUGGGCAGUUUGAGCCAGGCCUCGGGACACAAGGUUGAGCAGCAGCAGCAGCAGCAGCAGCAGCAGCAACAACACUUAAGCAGGACUCCUGGGCUCAUGACCGCAGGGUCCCCACCACCCACCCAGCAGAACCAGUACGUCCACAUUUCCAGCUCCCCGCAGAGCUCAGGGCGCACGGCCUCUCCUCCGACCCUCCCUGUCCACCUGCACCCCCACCAGACCAUGAUCCCACACACGCUCACCCUGGGGCCCUCCUCCCAGGUGGUCGUGCAGUACACGGACUCUGGGGGCCACUUCGUUCCUCGUGAGUCCACCAAGAAGGCCGAGAGCAGCCGGCUGCAGCAGGCCUUGCAGGCCAAGGAGAUCCUCAACGGGGAGAUGGAGAAGAGCCGGAGAUACGGGGUCCCCCCCUCGGCGGACCUGGGCCUGGUGAAGGCGGGCGGGAAGGCGGCGGCCCACCCCUAUGAGUCCAGGCAUAUGGUGGUCCACCCGAGCCCUGCUGACUACAGCACUCGCGAUAUCCCCGGGGUCCGGGCCUCUGUGAUGGUCCUGCCCAACAGCAACACGCCCGCCACGGACCUGGAGGUGCAGCAGGUCACCCACAGGGAGGCGUCCCCCUCCACCCUCAACGACAAGAGCAGCUUGCACUUAGGGAAGGCCAGCCACAGGUCCUAUGCGCUGUCUCCGCAACAGGCGCUGGGACCCGAAGGCGUGAAGGCCGCUGUCGCCACCCUGUCCCCCCACUCGGUCAUCCAGACGACACACAGCGCCUCGGAGCCACUCCCCGUCGGGUUGCCAGCCACGGCCUUCUACGCAGGGACCCAGGCCCCCGUCAUUGGCUACCUGAGCAGCCAGCAGCAAGCAAUCACCUACGCCGGCAGCCUGCCCCAGCACCUGGUGAUUCCUGGCACUCAGCCCCUGCUCAUCCCAGUCGGCAACGCGGACAUGGAGGCAUCAGGGGCAGCCUCUGCCAUCGUCACAUCAUCGCCCCAGUUCGCUGCAGUGCCUCACACCUUCGUCACGACCGCCAUUCCCAAGAGCGAGAACUUCAGCCCGGAGGCCCUGGCGGCACCAGCCGCCUACCCGGCCAUGGUGCAGGCCCAGAUCCACCUGCCCGUGGUGCAGUCCGUUGCCUCCCCAUCAGCGGUGCCCCCAACACUGCCUCCCUACUUCAUGAAAGGCUCCAUCAUCCAGCUGGCCAAUGGGGAGCUGAAGAAGGUGGAGGACUUGAAAACGGAAGACUUCAUCCAGAGCGCGGAGAUAAGCAACGACCUGAAAAUCGACUCCAGCACGGUGGAGAGGAUCGAAGACAGCCACAGCCCGGGGGUCGCCGUGAUACAAUUUGCCGUCGGGGAGCACCGAGCACAGGUCAGCGUUGAAGUUUUGGUAGAGUAUCCUUUUUUUGUGUUUGGACAGGGCUGGUCAUCUUGCUGUCCAGAGAGAACCAGCCAGCUCUUUGAUUUGCCGUGUUCCAAACUCUCAGUUGGGGAUGUCUGCAUUUCUCUCACCCUCAAGAACCUGAAGAAUGGCUCUGUUAAAAAGGGCCAGUCCGUGGAUCCCUCCAGCGUCCUGCUGAAGCACUCAAAGACCGACUGCCUCGCGGGUGGCAGACACAGGUACGCCGAGCAGGAAAACGGAAUUAAUCAGGGAAGUGCCCAGAUGCUCUCUGAGAAUGGAGAACUAAAGUUUCCAGAAAAAACAGGAUUGCCUGCAGCGCCCUUGCUCACCAAAAUAGAACCCAGCAAGCCCAUGGCGACAAGGAAGAGGAGGUGGUCGGCACCGGAGACCCGCAAACUGGAGAAGUCGGAAGACGAGCCACCUUUGACUCUUCCAAAGCCUUCUCUAAUUCCUCAGGAGGUUAAGAUUUGCAUUGAGGGCCGGUCUAACGUAGGCAAGUAAAGGCAGCGUGGGGGAACGGAAAGUUGGCUCUCCCUUGUUAUUUUUAUCCAGAUUACUGUACUGUAGGCUAAAUAACAUAGUAUUUACAUGUUAUCCUCUUAUUUUAGGUUUAUGUUAUAACGUUGUCAUUAGAGUUACAGCUGGUGUUUUGCAGGAGGCUGAUGCAUAUGGUUUUUCCACGAGUGUUUGUCAGUGAGUGGGUGGGUGGAUGGCCAGAGCAGGGGCGGCCGAGGCUCCAAGCGUCCUGGGUGCAGAUGAAUGUGGCAUCACAGUUCCUGCCUUUUCUAGCAGCACAGAAACAUCAGUGGACGCUGACUCCUGCUAGUUUCAUGGGGAAGUUCUGCGUGGCUGCAGCGAGCGUGUGAAUGUGUGUGUGCGUGCCUGGGAACGCGGGUGUUGCGGCGGGCGAGUAAGGGUCUCUUUCUCUCUGCCUCCCUCUGUCUCACUCUCUCUUGCUCUCAGCAUGGGGUUCAGGCGCAGAGCAGUGUCCCCGCCGCCGGCUGUGGAGGCUCUCACAUGCAAAAUAAGCAUCCAGAACCCAGAUUUAGGGCCUCCUCCAGCGGCAUCAGACGUCAGAUGGAAAGCUAACCGUUUAAAAGAACAUUUUUUUUUUCCCCUUCAACAUAUUUUACAAUAAAAGCAACUUUUAAUCACAGAUAUAUAUAUUUCCCCCUAUGGGGCCUGACUGCACUGAUUUUUUUUAAAGAGCAACUGCCACACGUGGGGUUUCAUUUCUGCUUUCCUAGUGCAGUGAUUUUGCCAGGGUGUUGUGGCGGGCAGGGAGCCCCAGCGUGCACCGCUCCACGG